AUACUCUAGCUAUGUGCUGCCUUUCAGUGACUACCGUGUCGUACUGUAGGCUACUCAGCAAAAGCAGGCGGAUGGAAUAAGUCGAAAUAGCUUGCACUUCAGGUUUCCAAAACCCUCCUUCGAUACCGCCCAGUCUCUCGGAGAAAAAGUGAUUGUGUUUCGGGAAGACACAGGCUCUGACACAUGAAAGGAAGACGCAUACAGAUUCCAAUGUUGUAGUUGAAGACAGUUUAUCUUUUCCACGCACAGUCUGAUCUGCUAAAGGGAGUAUUUCAUAUCAGAUUUCACGUUCAGUUCUGACCAGCUGGGAGAGCAGAGAGAGGGAGAGAGAGGGCUUGUUUCUCUUCCCCUCCGACUCUGGGUCUUGGAACCCAGGAGCGCAGGAAAGCGAACCACGGCGUGGAACCCUAAACCUGUGUAGGCAAGAUAAAACGUCCGUCGGAAUUUGUUAAGGAUUCUCUUUUGCGAGAUUGACACAUAGGUGAGAGCAAAUAGAUCGUAAGAGAUGGACGAGCAGCCGCGGUUGAUGCACUCUCAUGCGGGAGUAGGGAUGGCAGGGCAUCCCGGCUUGUCUCAACAUAUGGAAGGCACCGGAGGGACGGACGGCGAUGGGAGAAAACAGGACAUAGGAGACAUUUUACAGCAAAUAAUGACCAUCACAGAUCAAAGUCUGGACGAAGCUCAAGCUAGGAAACACGCCUUGAAUUGCCACAGGAUGAAGCCUGCUCUCUUCAACGUCUUGUGUGAAAUCAAAGAAAAGACAGUGCUGAGUAUCCGUGGCGCCCAGGAGGAGGAGCCUCCAGAUGCCCAGCUCAUGCGAUUGGACAACAUGUUGCUGGCGGAGGGCGUGUCUGGACCUGAGAAAGGGGGCGGUUCUGCAGCGGCCGCGGCUGCAGCUGCAGCCUCAGGAGGCGGGGCAGGAGCAGAUAACUCAGCGGAACACUCGGACUACAGAGCCAAGCUCUCUCAGAUCAGACAGAUCUACCACACAGAGCUGGAGAAAUACGAACAGAUGGUAUCCCAGUGCGGAUGGAGGGGGGAGAGUUACACAGGGAGUCAUGGCAACGGAAACAAGGCUUGUAACGAGUUUACUACCCAUGUGAUGAACCUGCUGAGGGAGCAGAGUCGCACACGGCCCAUCUCUCCCAAGGAGAUAGAGCGCAUGGUGGGGAUCAUCCACCGCAAGUUCAGCUCCAUCCAGAUGCAGCUCAAACAGAGCACCUGCGAAGCCGUCAUGAUCCUGCGCUCACGCUUCCUCGACGCCAGACGGAAAAGACGGAACUUCAACAAACAGGCGACAGAGAUCCUGAAUGAGUACUUCUACUCGCACCUGUCUAACCCCUACCCUAGUGAAGAGGCCAAGGAAGAGCUGGCCAAGAAGUGCUCCAUCACAGUUUCACAGGUUUCCAACUGGUUCGGAAAUAAAAGAAUCAGAUACAAGAAAAACAUUGGAAAGUUCCAGGAAGAAGCCAACAUGUACGCUGCCAAAACUGCUGUGAACGCGACCAACGUAUCCUCACACGGGAGCCAGGCUAACUCGCCCUCCACUCCAAAUUCUGCAGGUUCUGCUGGAUCUUUUAACAUGUCAAACUCCGGUGACUUGUUCAUGAGCGUGCAGUCUCUCAAUGGGGACUCGUACCAAGGGGCUCAGGUGGGAGCCAACGUGCAGUCACAGGUGGAUACCCUUCGCCAUGUUAUCAGUCAGACAGGCGGAUACAGUGAGGGCCUCACAGCCAGCCAGAUGUACAGUCCGCAGGGCAUCAAUGCAAACGGAGGCUGGCAGGAUGCUACCACCCCCUCAUCAGUGACAUCACCCACAGAAGGACCCGGAAGUGUUCACUCGGACACGUCCAACUGAACCCUCCACCCUUCUCCUCCACCACCGUCCAGACAGCCCUAACCUCCACCCUCGAUCAUCCAGCCAGCUUCCCAGCCAGCUUCCCAGCCAG